AUGAGGGCUACAGCUCUUGUCUCGGCCGCCGCCACCAUCCUCGGAGUCCGGGCUCUUGACUGCUCCACCGCUGCCCUGCAGGCUGCCCUGCCCUCCAAUGCGACUGUCCUCUCCGCCGUGCCCGUCGCCGGCAAUGGCACUUACGGCCAAGGCGCCGCAGACCUGCCCUACCCGACGAACCCCACCAAUUUGCCUGCUCUCUGCGCUGUAUAUGUGAACGUCACCUCGUCGAGCAGCUCCUCUUUCAGGUUCGGCCUGUUCCUUCCCACUGAGUGGAACGACCGCUUCCUCGCAGUCGGCAACGGAGGCUUCGCUGGUGGUGUCAAUUGGCUGGACAUGGGCGCUGGUGUCGGCUAUGGCUUCGCCGUCGUCUCAACAGACACCGGCCACAACUCGACCUCUGGAGAUUUAGCCUGGGGCGCCAACGCUCCCGAGGUGCUCACCGACUGGGGAUACCGCGCCAUGCACGGCUCAGUCGAGCUUGGCAAGACGCUGGUCUCGGCGUACUACGGCUCGCAGAUCAAGUACUCGUACUACAGCGGCUGCUCCACUGGCGGCCGCCAAGGGCUCCGCAGCAUCCAACUCUACCCCAAAGACUUCGACGGCGUCCUCGCUGGCGCCCCCGCCUGGUGGACCACUCAUCUGCAGACGUGGACGGCCAAGCUGGGGACAUACAACCUCCCCCUCAACAGCAGCCACCGCAUUCCGCCCUCGCUCUUCCCCGUCAUCGGCGCCGAGGUCAUCAAGCAGUGCGACGCCCAAGACGGCCUCGCCGACAACAUCGUCUCCGACCCGCUCGCCUGCAACUUCAACCCGGACGCCCUCCUCUGCUCGCCCACCUCCAACACCAGCGCCUGCCUCACCCCGCCGCAGCUCGCCAUCCUCUCCAAAAUCUACGCCCCCUACAUCGACACCAACGCCACCUUCGUCUUCCCGGGCCUCGCCCUCGGCUCCGAAGCGCAAUGGACCGCCCUCCUCGGCACCACCACCGGCUCCCCCCUCUCCUACGGCACCGACUACAUCCGCUACUUCCUCAACCAGCCCGGCUUCCGCUGGGAGGACUUCACGUACGCCGUCGUCCAGCUCGCGGACGAGCUCGACCCGGGCAACGCCACCGCCGACGCCUUCGCCGCCAUGGCCGCGUACCGCGCCGGCGGCGGCAAGCUCCUCCACUACCACGGCUGGGCGGACGGCCUCAUCGCCACGGGGAGCAGCCUGCACUUUUACAAGGAAGUGGCGCGCGCGCUGGUGCCGCGGGGCGUGCCGCUCGACGACUGGUACCGCUUCUUCCUCGUGCCCGGCAUGGACCACUGCGCCGGCACGCCCGACGCCGUCGACGCGCCGUGGUAUUUUGCGGGCGGCAACCAGGCGGCCGAGCUGGGCACGGGCGUGCACGGCGUCCCCGGGUUCGAGGACGGGAAGCACGACGCGUUGCUGGCGUUGAUGGAUUGGGUCGAGAACGGGACGGUCGUGGACGAGAUUGUGGCGACCAAGUUUGUGGAUGAGGACGUGACGAAGGGGGUCGAGAGGCAGCGGCCGCUGUGCAUGUAUCCGAAGCAGGCCGUGUACAAGGGGGAGGGGGAUGUUGAUGUGCCGGAGAGUUGGGAGUGCAAGGCGCUGUACUGA